AAAAAUAAGACUUUUUAUAGGAAAAGCCCUAGCUGCCGCAGACGGAGUGGACUCUGCUAAGCUCGUAAAUCUUCGAGUCUUCCCUAAGAUCGAAGGGGUUCCUGUUUCUGGUUCCAGCCCUGGGGUGGAUAAAAGACAGUUAAAUUGGAAAGUUGAAGUAGCUAUGAAAUUAUAUUCGCACAUUGUGUAACAAGAAUGCCAGGCAUACCUUUAGUGGCUCGUGAAACAAUCUAUUCUAGAAGCGCAGAUCAGAUGUGCCGCCAAGAUUCUCGUGUGCACUUAUCUGCAGAGGAGGAAAUUGCAGCAGAAGAGUCUUUAUCCAUUUACUGCAAGCCUGUCGAACUUUAUAACAUUCUUCAACGGCGUGCUGUAGGAAAUCCAUCAUUUCUUCAAAGAUGUUUGCGAUACAAAAUACAAGCAAAGCACAAAAGAAGGAUUCAAAUGACAAUUUCUCUACCAGGGUCUACAUAUGAUGGAGUACAAGCUCAGAGUCCAUUUCCUUUGUAUAUCUUGUUAGCAAGACCAAUAUCUGACAUUGCACUUGCAGAGUACCCUGCAGUUUAUCGGUUCAAUCGAGCAUGCAUUUUGACCAGUUCAACCAGAGUUGAUGGUAGUCAUCAAGCUCAAGCAAAUUUUAUUCUCCCUGAUAUUAGUAAGCUAGCAAUGGAAUCCAAAUCUGGAUCACUAACAAUCUUGAUUGUUAAGUGUGCUGAAAGCAAGGAGUCAAUUAGUGGAUUUGGUUUACCCAAGGACAUAAUGGACAUGGCACCUUUUUCAACAAAUGUUGGAGGACACUGCCUGUGGGGCAAGAUACCAAUGGAAUCGCUCUAUUUGUCAUGGAAAAUGUCUCCAAACCUGAGUUUAGGGCAGAGAGCUGAGAUCAUAUCAACUGUUGACUUGGAUCCAUGCUUCAUGAAGUCAAGUUGUUUGGACGACGACAAGUGCAUUUCUUUUCAAAAUCCUUAUAAUUCUGGGACUCUGAGUAAAGCCCAGCAAUUUCAAGUUACCAUUUCUGCGGAAGAGGUUGGGGCCAAGGAUAAAUCCCCUUAUAAUUCAUACACAUACACUGAUGUUCCUACUUCAUCAUUAUCUGAUAUUAUUCGGUUGAGAACUGGAAACGUCAUUUUCAACUAUAGGUACUACAAUAAUAAGUUGCAAAGAACUGAAGUGACGGAAGACUUCUCCUGUCCCUUCUGCUUGGUCAAAUGUGCAAGCUUCAAGGGUCUGAGAUAUCACUUGUCCUCAUCACAUGAUCUAUUCAACUUUGAGUUUUGGGUAACUGAAGAGUAUCAAGCUGUAAAUGUAUCUGUGAAAACUGAUAUUUGGAGAACCGAGAUUGUUGCAGAUGGAGUUGACCCUAAGCAACAAACUUUUUCCUUCUGUUCAAAGCCGCUAAGACGAAGAAGAUCGAAGAAUCUAGCUCAAAAUGCAAAGCAUGUACAUCCACUCACCCUGGAGUCAGACUUGCAUGCUGUAGUCAGUAAUCUGGGGAAGGCAAAUGAUGCUCAUUCCAGUAAAGGUGAAAGGGCUCGUAUUUUAAGUGGGAAUGAUUCACAGGCUGUCCCAGGUGCUGCGCUGUGUGUGGAACGAGUUUUGUCAAGUCAUAAUGUUCCAGGGGUUUCAAGUGCAACAGUUCAAUCAAAUGCAGAUCCAGAAUGUGUUCAAUCAGGCCCUGCAAGCAAUCUUGCACCACCUGCCUUGCUACAGUUUGCAAAGACAAGAAAGUUGUCAAUCGAACGCUCUGACCCUAGAAGCCGUGCACUCCUGCAGAAACGACAGUUCUUUCACUCGCAUAGAGCUCAGCCGAUGGGCAUGGAACAAGUAUUAUCUGAUCGGGAUAGUGAGGAUGAAGUUGAUGAUGAUGUUGCAGAUUUUGAAGACCGAAGGAUGCUUGAUGAUUUUGUGGAUGUGACUAAAGAUGAGAAGCAACUAAUGCAUCUAUGGAACUCUUUUGUAAGGAAGCAACGGGUGUUAGCAGAUGGGCACAUUCCUUGGGCAUGUGAGGCAUUUUCAAGAUUGCAUGGACAUGAUCUUGCCCAGGCCCCAGCGCUGAGUUGGUGUUGGAGAUUAUUCAUGAUCAAACUGUGGAAUCACGGUCUCCUCGAUGCACGCGCCAUGAACAAUUGUAAUAAAAUUAUCGAACAGUGCAACAAAAACCAGGAUUCGGAUCCUAAAACAAGCUAAACAGAAGAUCUUAUUUGGGGAAUCAAAAACUGGGAUGGAGAAAGGCGAAGAUUUCCUGAUUAGUCCACUGAUCUGUAUUGUAUUCUCUUAAGCUCUACACACUCUGUUUAUGGGGCCCUAAUUUUCCCCAUGGAUAUUACUUCAUUGUGAUGUUUUUACUCUCUACCUUUUGGAUUUGGGAUACUCCAAGAUGGUUAUAAAAAGAGAUUCAUCAUAAGAUUUUUCAUUUUUUUUA